CGCGAUUAGCCCUCAAGGCCUUUACACAACAAGGCAUAAAGUUACUUUCAGGCCCAGCAUGCAACAUUGCAACUGAAAACCUGCCCCACAUGAUAUAUUUCUCAUGGCUCGAUCAUCUCUCGGUUUAGGCCCGAUUUGGAGUAGGCCUUCUUAACCGACUGUAGCCUCAUGCGCAAAGCACCCUUUGAUUGUUCUCACCUUGCACAAUCUAUCGCGCCAUCGAAACAUGAAGCGUCAUCCACCCCGAAUUAUUAGACGUCCCCGGGCUGAUGCCAGGGCCCCGGAUCCCGCGCGUGAAUGGCAUUUCCCCCGUGGCUCACGCCUUGUUGGCGCCGUUGAAUCGUCGAACCUCAAAACCCCUGUUCCCAAACCCAAUUCGGAUUCCCUGAGUUCGUGGAAGUUUCGUAUUCCCAUUGCUCAAACCAAGUUCUUGUCACUUCUGAGUGAGUGGGAAAAUGAUGGGCAAAAAUCUCCGUCUCCAACCACGACGAGAAUAAGAGACAAAUCCCAAGGAAAAUGCCUCCCACCACCAGUAAAGGUCCAAGUCUUGGAUUUGACAAGAGGGCUUAAUGCGAUUUCCCAAGAUAUUCUCGAAGAGACAGACGAGUCUUUUAGCGUCCAGAUUCAGAAGUCUGCAAGCAUCGAAUGCGAAAUCUGUCAUAAGCUAAUAAGCCGUCCAUGGUUUCCUCAACAUGAGAGGAUUCAUCUAGCUGAUGUGGAGCGUCAUGCAUGUCACAUUUGUGGCGCUCAAUUCACUCGCAAAGGUGACGUCAAAAGGCAUCAGAAGAGGGUCCACGGAAAGGAACUUGGCCUUCAGUCAGAUGCCACGACCGAGUCGAACUCAUCGACCAGAGAAAUUUUGAAAUGUCAAGUCUGUCAAGCUAAGUUUCAUAAGCGGAAAUAUUAUGAGGAUCACAUCAAGAUUAUUCAUCCCAUCUCAACAUCAACUGGUACAACGGAAGGCAAGAGGACGUCUGAAAAUGGAAAUGUUACUGACGGCAUCAAAGAAGUCGUUCAAAGUGAAGAGCAUUCUUUGAUUGUUAGUCAAGAUCAAUUACAGAACAACCAUCUCGACAGACACGAAGAAGAUGAAGACCAAAAUUCCUCAAAUUCCUCGCCAAACUCGGAAUAUGUUGAGCAAAAGUCUUCCCAGGAUAAUGUACAAACUCUGAUUGAUGCUGUUCAAGAGCUGAUACAAAGCCAUGAUGAGGGGAAUUUAGUAACGACUCCCAACUCCAACGAGGAAUCAUAGAUAUCGAUGAUCAAGACUGUGGGAGCUUGACGAAGCCUAGUUAAAGUUGCUAUUGUAACUUGUCCACUGAAAAUUGAUUCACAGCACUAACUUCGCAUAAUACACCAUUCAAACAAAAGCAGAACUUUUAAUCUAAGCCAUUGAGAAUUUUUCAGGUUUCCUUCUUCGUUUUUUUGCAGCACUUGAAUGCAGAAGGAUUCAUUAUUUUGACAAAAGAGCACACACAUACUUGAUGCGUGAAUUUUAAAACCUGAAUGAAGGCCAGAGGCUUUAUGGUUUUAUUUGUUCAAGACGGUUUCAAAGAAGGAUGUGACCACUCGGAAAGAAAAUUCUCUAUUCAAAUUCGAAAGUGCAGUUCUCUGGGGACUCUAUACGACUACGCAUAUCUACAAGGCACAGAUGGGAGAGCG